AUGGCAACGGCAGCGGCGGCGGCGCGGCAGCGUCCGACCAGCAAUCGACAUUCACUUAGAUGGCGGCGCGGGCCGACAUGGGGUCGUUCUAGGACGGACAGUGGCGCGGCACCGCGCCGCCCGGGGCGCGAGUUGUGUCUCGCGCGUGUUUACGUAAGCGCCACGCCCCGAGCCACGCUCCGGCGAUAUGGGGCGCGGCGCGAAGCGCUUUGCACCUCCAGUCGCCGAGCGUCGACUGACGCACCCUCAUCCCUUGGCCCCUUGUGCGCCCUCCAGAGUCGCGCCUGCGUCCGCGAUUUACAACCCCACGCCUCCUAUUACAUAAUAUUAAUACUAAACAUUCUCAAUACCGCGUCGUUCAGUUGA